GUGAACAGAUUUAUGAGAACAAUAACUAAAGUUCUCCAAACAGCUAGUAUUGAAGGAAAGAAUGUUCAUCAGGCAUUGUAUGGUUUUCUUAGGCAGUACAGAGCAACUCCACAUUCUACCACAGCUAAGAGUCCAGCAGAGUUGUUAUAUGGAAGGAAGAUUAAAAUUCGUCUACCAUCAGUGGAAAUUGUGAAACAGGAAAGUGUGGCUGACGUGCGUAGAAAAGAUAAUGAACAGAAAAAGAAAAUGAAAGAGCGAGUGGAUGUUCAUAUGCACACAAAACAAAGUAAUUUAGGGAUUGGAGACAGUGUGUUGGUGAAGCAGCAAAAGACAAAUGUGCUGUCAACACCCUUUGACAUACAGAGUCAAGUGGAGAAAAUGAAAUACAGUUGGAGCAGAAAGAGAUGAAUUUUCUCCUAAGAGAUACAGCAAGACGGUUUACUUUGUUACGGAGACGCUUGUAC